CGCUGUAGUUUUCCCCCUAAGAGGAGUCCGCGGGUGGAUCACAGAGCUUCAACGCAGGAGGCUAGAGUGCCGCCAGGGGGCACAGAAACGACGAGGGGUGAGGUAGAGCGGCUAAGAGCCCCGAGGCGCGAGACCUGGUGCCACGACUCAGUCCCACUCCCCCGGGCGGGGCUGGGACCUCGGUCUGCGGGUGCCAGCGCCGCCAUUUCACCCGCUGGGAGCCGGGCCCAGCAGCCGCUCGGAUGCCUCUCACUAGAAAGAAUGGAGCUGGGAAAAGGAAAACUUCUGAGAACUGGCCUUAAUGCUUUGUAUCAGGCAAUCCACCCUGUGCAUGGUAUUGCCUGGACGGAUGGGAAGCAAGUGAUACUGACUGCUUUACACCUUCACAAUGGAGAACCAAAGUUUGGUGACUCGAGUGUUAUUGGUCAGUUUGAACAUGUUCAUGGGCUUUACUGGGGCCCAUGUACUAGAGACACCACGACUCUGCUUGCUGUUCAGCAUAAAAAGCACAUCACUAUUUGGCAGCUGAACUACAACAUUUCAGAAAGGAAUAAACUCUUGGUUUCUCAGAUUUGUGAAACUGGUGAGCCAUUUCCAGUGCUUCCCCAGGGCUGUGUGUGGCAUCCAAAGAAAGAGAUCUUGGCUGUGCUUACUACACGGGAUGCCUCCGUCUUACACUCUGUUCGUCGUAACAACUCCAGAAUUAAAGCUGAUAUAAAAGGUAGUGGUCUCAUCCACUGCGCUUGUUGGACUAAGGAAGACAAUCGCUUAGUAGUUGCUAUAGGCAGUGCCCUUCAUUCCUACAUAUGGGAUGAUGCUCAGAAAACUUUAAUUGCUUGCUUCUUUUGCCCAGUAUUUGAUGUGGGAGGCUACAUCUGUGCUGUAGAAGCUACUUUGGAUUCCCAAGUUGCUGUUGCUACUGAGCUUCCGUUAGAUAAGAUCUGUGGCUUAAAUUCAGGUAUUGCAUUUGAAGUCCCAGCUGGUGGUGAAACAAAUUCUUUUCCUUCACCGUCUACCUUGUUAUGUGGUGAUGAAGAGUUCUCCAUAGAUGUGGGAAAAAAAUCACUAGACUCAGAAAAAUCUGUGCCUGUUGUUUCAGUACCUUCUCCUUCAUCAGUUCCUGUGGAUCUAACCCAUAUCCUUUCCAGCAAACAAAGACUUAGUUCCAGUCCCCUUAUCCAUCUUAGGCACAAGGAUUAUCUAACAGGAAGUGGCCAGGACUCUUCACACCUGAUCUUGGUGACUUUUGAAAGAAAGGUAACGACCACCCGAAAAGUCAGCAUCCCAGGCAUUCUGGUCCCUGACAUAAUGGCUUUUGAUCAUAAAACUCGUACUGUGUCAGUAGCCUCCAAUACUUGUAACAUUAUUUUGGUCUAUUCUUUGACUUCAUCCCAUUUACCCAAUAUUCAACAAAUUCAGCUUGAGAAAAGUGAAAGACCAAAGGGCUUAUGCUUCCUGACCAAUAAAUUGUUAUUGAUUUUAGUUGGAAAACAGAAAUUCACAGACCCAGCAUUUCUGCCAUCGUCAAGGUCAGACAAGUAUGUCAUCCGUUUGAUGAUCAAAGAAAUAAGUUUUGAAGAGGGUUCUUCAGCAUCUGCAGGAACUAGUGGUAACUCCAGUUUGAAUGCCUUUUUGAACAUACCUGUGAAAAGAGAGCCACCAGAAAUUCUCUCUACCGAAGUUCAUCCUCUAAGUAGCAGACUCCUGAUACCAGGUCAUGCUAUUAUUCAAUCUCCUAGUAGCAGAAGAAAACUUAUUGAAGAAAUUAAAAGCCCUACUUAUGAACAACGCCUAUUGCCAAGUGUGAGAGACAUCGAAGAAAGAAAGAUUUCCAUGGAUUUUCCUCCAGCUCUGGAAAUUUUGGAUGUUGAACCAAUUAAUCGAUCAUUGGUCCUGCAUGGGCUUAGAACACCUACUGCAUUUUCUAACAGACCAGCAUCUCCAAAAGGUCAGGCGGAUGUAGUUCCUGAAAUUUCAAAUUCUCCUAAAAAUAACAGUCUGCUAGGUGAAAAAGAAGCAAGUUAUUUAUCUAAGAACAUAGAAAAAUUAUGUGGCAAUUUUUCAGAAGUACAGCAUCACCUUUCUGAGCUAACAGAACUUCUAAAAUCCAGGAAGAAAUUUCUUCCAGCAUACCCGUCUUCUCAGGAGCCCUCUUUUAUUAACAUCACUUAUCAGAAGCAGCUUUCUGGAAGUGCGGUAGAUGAAAGGCGAGCUGUUAUUCUAUGUAAUGGUAAACUCCGUCUAAGUAUAGUUCAGCAGAUUUUCGGUCUCUCUCUUGUUGAAAUGCAACAUGGUUAUUACUUCAGCCACCACUGAAAUGCAGCCAUCUCUCUGGUGAAACAUGAUGAUUAUUGGACAGCACACAGUGGCGCACACAGACUUAUGGCAAGUCCACUAGGGAAAAGCAGACAAAUUUUGGAAAUGCAGCGUCUAAUUACCUAAACUGAAAUUCGUCCAGGAUAGUGAGAUUAACAUAACUUCUUUUACAAGGAGGCCCCUGGAAUCUUUAAUGACCACCAGUGACUAGGGCCUCUAUUUUAUGCCUUAUCAAAAAGUCAUGAUUAGUUAUAUUGUCUAAAGUUUAUUUUUUUCAGUAGAAAAAAAUCAUGGUUUUUGUCAUUUUUUAAAUGAACAUAAGUAAUAUUACUGGCUAUAUUACUCAUACUAGUAAUAGUAUCUUCAAAUGCCUGAAUCGUAAAGUGAGGCUCAAAUGAGGCAUUAAGCAUAAGAUUAAAGUUCAUGUGCUUUUAAACUAUAAUCUUUUUGUGACAUUUCUUAUAAUGUGUUACGUAAUAGAAGUAAAUGGAGCAGCUGGGAAAUGUGCUUACUGAACUAACUUUUUUUUUCAAACCAGUUUUAUUUUGUGAUUGCAAAAGUGAUGAGAUGAAAUGUGAAAAGACUUGCUUAUUGGAUGUGAAAUUAGCAAAAGUAUACACCUCUGAUCCAGUAACAUUUUUACAGUUUGAAAGCAUGUUUGUAGUGUAACACUAAUAAGAAUAUUACAUGAAAUGCAUCAGGCCCAGAGAUUUGGGACUUGAAGAAUUUUUCCCUUUUAAUAUUAUCUCAUUGGUUUUUUUUUAACCCAGUCAUACUUUUGGCUUUCACAACAUCCCCUUGGAAUGAGUUACUCCUGGGGGAAUUCUGAACCACUGCGCAAUUUGUGCAGAAUUAAUGUUCUGCGCAGAAUUUCCUUUUUUCCCCUCAUAGAAAUAUGCUGCAGAGCUGCUGGCUGCCACUAGGGGCCGCUGAACCCAGCAGAGCCUGGCUCGCAAAUAGAAGGCUAUGUCUGAUUUUUCACCCCCCUGAGCCAGCAAGUUAGAGCGCUAUAAAAUGUAAGUGUAGACAAGCCCAAAGACACUGCUGAAGGGAGGGGGAGGAGGAGGAGCUGGAGAGUUCCCAGCAGCUGCAGUUCCUGGCAUGCCCUGGAGAAAGGAGUCAGCGUGCAGGAAAUGCAGUACAAGCCCAGGAUCCAGCAUCAGUCUGUUUCUGUCUCUGGAUUUCUGGGGGGUAAGGAGUGCCAGUGUCUGGGCUGGGGUGGUGCCCUGCAGUUGCGCUCGGGGGUAGAGGGGUUGAGAGUAUCUGGGCUUGGGGGG